UAUUUUACAAUACAUAGUCCAAUUUAAUAUAGUUUCGUUUUCUAUGCUACCAAGAUUAUCAAUGUCACAAUGGCAGGAGUUACAACAAACGCUUCGAUCAAAUUCAACGAAAUGGAAAUAACGAUUUAUAAAUUGCUUCAAAGGCAGACGUUACCAAUAAUAGUUAAAACAUCCAUACAUCGAGAUAGACAAGGUUAUUUUGGUAACCAAGGUAUGCCGGAAAAUAAAGAAAUGUUAUUACAGAGGACAAUGUUAGUAAAAUACGCGCAUAUCAACGUGUUUAAGUCGUAUGAUGGAAUCCGGAAUAAACGGGAUAGUGAUGACAUCGGGGAUAAUCAUUAUCUCUUACCUGUCAAGUAUCAUGGGAAACUUAAGUAUGUUCACCGGCCAGGAAGUAGAAAACGAUAUGCGUCAGUAUCUCAGGUACUGUACGAUUUACCUCGCUUUAUAACUGUGUGGGAGGACACUCUAGCUACACAUAGUAGUGAUGUAGAUGAGUACACUACAGUUGAAGCUGGUGCUACGCUUGAACUUGUCAGAAAAUUUACAAGACCAAACGACAAUCAAACAUUCCUUGAAUGCAGUAAUGGUGAGACAUUAAUUGCCUUUAACGAUCAAGAAAGACUAAACUGCACUGCUAUAGAUGAUCCAAAGCAGUACAAUUUAUUUGAACUUGUGCGAUCCAAACUCCUUCCUAGAUUUAUUCAGUUUGAUGAAGUCGACCUGAAUGAAAUUACACACCUAGAUGAUACUUUACACAAUGAAACGAUAACAGCAGUAGACCAUCCAAUGGAAUUACUAGGCUUCACUGACAUAGAGAUGCUUGUUGGAUAUAUUCGAAAUGAAUCAAAUGAAACAUACGAGACCAUUUUGAUUCCUUGGGACCUUUGGACAUCAUUAUUUGUUCACGCAGAAUGUUCUGGAAACAAAGAAAAAUCCCAAGGACACAUUGCACGUUUAUACGGACCUGUCGGAGAAGUUGAUUUCAUAGAAAAGUCUUUAUAUCUAUUACCAAUACACCAACGUCACGUUGUUAGCUUGAUUGGCCCGGACUUCCGACGUCAAUGUAACUAUUCAAGCACAAAUAGUGUGGAUACUGACCCCGACGGCGUAAAUGAAAUGAUGUAUCGAGGACCAGUUGUUCUUCUGCCUCAAGUUAAGAAAAAGAAAACUUUGUUUAAGAAGGUACAUGGAGAGCUACUGCGCUUAUUUAAAUCAAACAACGAUGAGAAGGCAGCUUUCAUUCAUUUAAAGAAGCGGCCAAUUGCAGAGAGGAAAGUGACGAGACGCUACACGAAAGAAUCACAAGAUUCUUUUUCAAGAAGCGCGCCAUUAAUUGAAACGCGACAUGAACCCAUACGUCUAAGAUAUACAAGAAAGCUGUACGGGAAUGCUAGUUAUUUAGAAUUCUCUGAUGACAAUUCUGUCGGUCGAUUGUCGGGAAAUAAGCCCAUGCAGCUUCGAUUAUCCGUAUCAUUAGGUGACCUACCAAACGCAACAUGUCCUCCAACAAACAGCAAUUCAAACAAUACGUACGAUGUGAACCCGUCCUCAAGUAAAGAAUACGCAGAAAUACUUGAUAUUCCACAACCAAGUGAAGAAAUAAUUGCUUACAAUACACCGUUAUCUGGUAGACAAAGACGUCAACAACACAUACCAUUGUUUGCUUCAUCAAGUGACCCCAUUUUACCGACAGCGCAAAUUAGCGUUUCGUGGGGCGGACACUCGAGGAAUGAAGAACAAUGGAAAACAAAGACUCUAUAG